AUGUAUUAUUUCUGCCUACAGAGGAAGCUGGCUGAGGUCACAGAAGAUGAAUGGUUGAGUAUUCCUGAGGUUGGUGAUGCCAGGAACAAGCGUCAGAGGAAUCCCCGCCAUGAGAAGCUCACACCCGUGCCGGACAGCUUCUUUGCCAAGCACCUCCAGACUGGAGAAAAAAACACUUCUGUUGACCCACUGCAAGGGCAAUUUGGCGGGCUAGCGACAUCCUUCCCAGGAGGCUUGAACACACCCUACCCAGGAGGCAUGACUCCUGAAGCUGGAGAGCUGGACAUGAGGAAGAUCGGACAGGCCAGAAACACUCUGAUGGACAUGAGGCUCAGUCAGGUCUCUGACUCUGUGAGUGGACAGACAGUUGUUGAUCCUAAAGGCUAUCUCACCGAUCUCAACUCCAUGAUCCCCACACAUGGAGGAGACAUCAGUGAUAUUAAGAAGGCCCGUCUCCUCUUGAAGUCAGUGAGAGAAACAAACCCUCAUCACCCGCCUGCGUGGAUCGCUUCUGCCCGUCUGGAGGAGGUGACCGGGAAGCUGCAGGUGGCCAGAAACCUGAUCAUGAAAGGCACUGAGAUGUGUCCCAAGAAGAAAUGUACCAGAGAAGAUUUGCAUGUCAAAGGCGGAGCCCCAGAGACACACCUACCUAUUACAUCAUCGUCGCAGACCAAUGGGAGUUCGAAGGUGUUUACUAGCCAGAGCAUUGUGAUGCUUGCUACUUUUUGUUUAAUCAUUAAACAACUCAUGUCUGUCUGUAUACUUCCUUUUUUCCGAUAUCUACAUGUCACCACAGCUCUGGAGAAUGUGUCAAAGUCGGUGCGUUUGUGGAAGAUAGCUGUUGAGCUGGAGGAGCCAGAGGAUGCAAGGAUCAUGUUGAGUAGAGCAGUCGAGUGCUGUCCUACCAGUGUUGAGCUCUGGCUGGCUCUGGCCCGAUUAGAAACCUAUGAGAAUGCCCGUCGUGUUCUGAACAAGGCCCGUGAAAACAUUCCCACUGACCGCCAUAUCUGGAUCACAGCUGCCAAGCUGGAGGAGGCCAACGGCAACACACAGAUGGUGGAGAAGAUCAUCGACAGAGCCAUCACCUCCCUCAGGGCCAACGGCGUGGAGAUCAACCGUGAACAAUGGGUUCAGGAUGCAGAGGAGUGUGAUAAGGCUGGCAGCGUGGCCACAUGUCAGGCUGUGAUCAGAGCUGUGAUUGGGAUUGGCAUUGAAGAGGAGGACUGCAAACACACAUGGAUGGAGGACGCAGACAGUUGUGUGGCUCAUGGAGCUCUGGAGUGUGCGCGGGCCAUCUACGCUCAUGCGCUCCAGGUCUUCCCCAGCAAGAAGAGCGUCUGGCUGAGGGCUGCUUACUUUGAGAAGAACCACGGUACACGAGAGUCGUUGGAGGCUCUGUUACAGAGGGCCGUGGCUCAUUGUCCUAAGGCUGAGGUGUUAUGGCUAAUGGGUGCUAAAUCGAAAUGGUUAGCGGGCGAUGUUCCUGCAGCCAGAAGUAUCCUGGCUUUGGCUUUCCAGGCUAACCCCAACAGCGAGGAGAUCUGGCUGGCUGCCGUGAAGCUGGAAUCGGAGAAUAACGAGUACGAGAGAGCCCGCAGGCUGUUAGCCAAGGCCCGCAGCAGCGCCCCCACCGCCAGGGUGUUUAUGAAGUCGGUGAGGCUGGAGUGGGUGCUGGGGAAUAUUGACGCAGCACAGGAGCUGUGUACGGAGGCCCUGAAGCACUAUGAGGAUUUCCCCAAGCUUUGGAUGAUGAGAGGACAGAUCGAGGAGCAGUCAGAGAACAUCGAUAAAGCACGAGAGGCCUACAACCAGGGAGUACGUUUAUGGGCUCUAGAGAAGAUGCCUUACUAUAAUUUAAAAAUGCAGAACCUAAUUCUGUAUAAUAUUAGGAGCAAACAUUUUUCAGUGGGACUGCGUGAUAAUAGACAAGAUCUCGAAAAUCUCACCAAAACAAUAUGUCACUUUAUAUGCAAUAAUCUCAAUUUCUCUGGCAGGCUGGAGUCUGUCCGACUUGAAUACAGAGCAGGAUUGAAAAACAUCUCCAACACGCUCAUGGCCAAAGCCCUUCAGGAGUGUCCUAACUCUGGCAUCCUGUGGGCUGAAGCUGUGUUCUUGGAGGCCAGACCUCAGCGCAAGACCAAGAGUGUUGACGCUCUGAAGAAGUGUGAACAUGAUCCUCAUGUACUUCUGGCAGUUGCCAAAUUGUUUUGGAGCGAGAGGAAGGUAACAAAGGCGCGCGAGUGGUUUCUGCGGACGGUAAAGAUUGAACCAGACUUGGGCGAUGCCUGGGCGUUCUUCUACAAGUUUGAGCUUCAGCACGGCACAGAAGAGCAACAGCGGGAGGUGAAGAAGCGCUGUGAGAACGCAGAGCCGCGGCACGGUGAGCUGUGGUGCGCUGAAUCCAAACACGUUCUCAACUGGCAGAAGAACAUCGGAGAGAUCCUGGUACUCGUGGCUUCAAAGAUCAAAAACACCUUCUGAGAUUCACAAAUCUGAGCAUGUUUGGUUUAGCAAAUAUGUUGUUUUUAGAGAAUCUGUGGACAAGGUUUGGUUUGUUUUUUUCUACAGCCAUUUUUUAAUGUGUUUGCCCCUCUGUAACUGUGAUGAUUCAGGGCUGUUUUCAUAACACAUGCUGUUAUGUUCCGGGUGUUGUAAAGUCUAGUCACACCCAGAGAUAUGAGUCCAUUUUGAACAUUAAUAUCUGACACCCUCUUACUCUACUUCUCAUUAUGCUAAUGUGUAAAUGUGCUGCUUAUCAGGAAAAUAAAUGAAGUCCAGUCUGUUUCAGAUGUCAGUGCUCCUGUGCUGGUGAUUUUUGUAUUUCUUCGUCAUCCUAGUUUUAUGUUGGCUUGAUAAAUCCAGCAUUCUAUAA